CUAUUCAUGGGUAGCCAUUUUUCAGUUACACAUUUGACGUGAGUGGAAGCGUUCGCAAAAAUACGCUCGCAGUAGGCCGUGUUUGCGAAUAGGCUUCUUUUCGAGAAUAAUCUAGAAUUUCGUUGAUAACGAUGAAUCGAAACAAGCAGAGGAAUUCUAAAACGUCUACAGUUAUGCAGACCAAUCGAAAAGAUCCGAUAUUUACGGAGGAGGAUCGUGAAGCCGAAGCCAAACGUUUAGCAGCGUGCAUAUGCGGUCGCAAAAAUACGACCGUCCAGUGUUUGCGAUGUGGUCAUUUGUGUUUCGGCAGAAAAUUCCGUCCGUGCCCAUCACAUCCUAAAGUAGCCUUUCUUUACGACAUCCGAUCCUGUUCAUCGUGUACGGGACCGACGAAGGAUCUGGAGGAGCUUCCCAUCGACUAUGAAACUUAUCGGAAGCUGUCGCGAGUAGUUCCAAAGCGUUUCUCCGUUUAACUUUGUUACUGUGUCUGGUGUUACUGCUAUCGAAUUUAUGACUUAAACAAAUAAUAAUCAGAAAUAAACCGGGUUUAUUAGUUUACUAUAACAA